UAAAGUCAUAUCACAAUCCGCCCCGGUUCAGUCAAACGCAAACAACAAACGCAAAACUACCAACCAACCUUACAAUGGCUUUCAAAGUUGCUGCCUUUGCCAUUCUGCUGGUCGUUGUCGCCAUCAAUGCUGCCCCCCAGCUGGACCAGCUGCCCAUGACGACGCCCGGAGUCGGCGAGAUCCAGGCGCCGGUCGGUGGCAACCAGACGAACCCGGGCGAUCUGCAGAACAACCUCAACACGACCGUGCCCGCUAACCCGGCCGAGGGUAUGGGCGGUGCGGAGAACGCCACCAUGCCGUCCAACAUUGGCGGCAUGCCGAACCAGCUCGGCACACGGCUCGCCAACCGUAUCAACAGCCGCAACAACAAACACUAGAGCAAGGGGCAAAUAUCUGACCUGGCAAAAAUGAUUCGGAUUAACUUGAAAAUGAAUACCAAAAACGGUGUCUGCAAACGUGCUGUGGAUGUAGAAUAAAGUUGGUAGGAUGAGACUACGCA